AUGACUGCAACUACACCUGAAAGAUCGUCUUGUAUAUUCUGUAAUAUAGUUAAUAAAUUAGAUCAUGCAGAAAUUCUUUACGAGGAUGAUGAUGUCUGCGUGUUUCCAGAUAUAAAGCCAGCCAGCAAAUUUCACAUAUUAAUAAUACCUAAAAGACAUAUACCAGACGUUAAAUGCCUCACGUCUACUGAUAAGGACCUGGUUUCCAAAAUGCUCUCAGUGGCCAAAGACAUGUUGACAAAAAAUAAUAUUCUGACGCUAGACGAUACUCGUCUUGGUUACCACUGGCCACCCUUUCGGAGCGUGAAGCAUCUACACCUGCAUGCAAUCUCACCGGCAUCGGAGAUGGGUUUCAUAUCUGGCUUGAUAUUUAGAAAGGAUUCCUACUGGUUUGUGUCGCCUGAAUACGACAUCACAGUGAGUACAAUGGAAGACACAGAGCUAGAUCCUUCAGAGCUUGGCACUCACGACUACUGGCAAAAGGCUUAUAAGAAAGAGAUAGAGAAUUACAAUGAGCACGGAGAUCCUGGUGAUGUCUGGUUUGGAGAGGACAGUGCGCAGAGAGUUAUUAACUGGAUAUGUGACUGUGGGGUUAAGAAGGAUGUCGGAAUCAUUGACAUAGGUUGCGGCAAUGGUUACACACUUACAGAGCUCGCGAAGGAAGGUUUUACACAGCUGCUUGGUAUUGAUUACUGUGAGGAAGCUAUAUUGUUGGCCAAAAACGUGUCCCAAGCUGAUUUUUCUCAAAUCAGAUACCAGGUAUUCAAUAUCACAGAAGACAGCGUAGAAGAGUUGGGUAAAUUUGGUAUAGUACAUGAUAAAGGCACAUACGAUGCUAUAGGACUGAACCCUGAAGACCCAAAGACACAUAGGGAGAAAUAUAUAGACCAGGUGACGCAAUUAUUGGAUGAUGAUGGUAUGUUUAUAAUAACUUCAUGUAAUUGGACCGAAGACGAAUUAAUAAAACAUUUCUCUGAAAAAAUGAAGUUAAAACGCGUUAUACCGACGCCACAGUUCAAAUUUGGCGGGAAAGUUGGCAGCGUCGUGUCUUCCGUUGUGUUUAUUAAAAAAUAA